AUGCCAAACCUUGACGGAUGGUUCUUUCAUUUUGUGGAGUGGCUGUACUCCCUGCCGGAGCCACCCAAGAGGGAGAGGAAGAAGCCCAUGGAGGUGAUUUGCAUUGGGAUGCCGCGGAGUGGCACUGAGUCGCUGCAGUAUGCCUUGAUCAAACUAGGCUACGAUCAUACGUAUCACGGCUGGGAUAUCAACUUUGAGUCCCAGUGGUUUCCGCCCAUGGGUGGUGACGUAGACCUCACUGCCGCCGACUUUGACGCUGUAAUGGGCCACGCAGUAGCCGUUGCUGAUGCGCCAGCAUCUGUAUUUGCAGCAGAGCUCAUCGAGGCGUAUCCAGAGGCCAAGGUGGUACUUGAAUAUCGACGCGACGUGGACGCCUGGCAUAAGAGUGCCUCGAAUACGCUUGCACGAGCUCAGCAUCACUGGCCGCUAUUUCUGCUCUCGUGUCUAGACAAGGAGUGUUUUUGGUCUUGGUAUCUUUAUGUGCGCUUCAUGUGGCCCGGUUUGUUGGAGUGGAGCGUCGAAGAUGGAUGGGAGCCUCUGUGCGAGUUUCUGGGCAAGCCAGUUCCGGAUGAGCCCUUCCCACAUGAGAAUGCUGCUGUGGGCUGGGCAGGACAGGAGAUGAAGUUGGGCAAGAGAUAUAUCAUGGGUGCAGUGAGAAACUUGGCGCUAUUGGGAGCUAUGGGAACUGGAAUUUGGGCUGUUGUGUACUACAGAUUUUAUGCUUGA